CUGGAGAGUUUCUGGUCGUGGUCCGCGAUGGCGACACCCGACAGGCUCCCGACGCUGAAGGACGCGAACAUGCAGGACGCCCAGUCGGGCGGCCGGCACAGGAGGGAGGAGGCGCAGCAAAGACAAGCCGAAAGAGGUGAAGGUAGCCGACGAAGAGGUGACGGCCAUGCUGUCGGCCAUGGUAAAGAAGUUCAUCAUCAACACGAAGCAGCUCCGAGAGAUCAGGGGCCAGAUCUACGAUACGUACCUCUGGGGCAUCAGAAUCAAGGCUGUGCAGGCCAUGCAGAGCGCGGGCGCCGCAGACGCGGCCGCGAUGAAGGACAAAGGCAACGGCCACAGUUUCGGGCCGCCAGCAGUCGCAGUGUUCAUGUACCUGGUGAAGACGAUGCUAGAGAUGGAGAUCGGAGCUGUGAGCCGCAAGGGAUUGGAGGACCUGGUGGGCCAGCUCAAGGACAAGAAACCUUGGGACAUCGUGCGCUUGUGUCAUGCGUGCCGCCUCGAGCGGUGCUUUGACGAAAAUCAGAUCAAGAUCGCGCUGGCCAUCCCGUCGCCCGACACGCGGAAGUUGUCCCGCAACGCGAUGGAGCAGAUGGGCGCCACCACGACGAUCAGCCAAGCGCCCGCGGGGUACUUGGAGGAGGAGGAGGCGCUGGGCGCGUACGCGGACAUGCUGUCUUGAGGCGGCCAGCCAAUGCUCUUCUAGCGAGUACGAGGAGGAAGGGGGUGCUCGUCGGGUCGUCGGAUGUCGUCGGGUCGGCGG